AUGCGAAAAUUGUUUUAUAACCGCACUGAUAACAAGAACGGCUCAAAAACGACAGAAAACUGGAACACGAUCACCCUGAGGCAACAGUCGUAUGCUUCAUUGCCACCGUGUACGCCGGCGUCUAAUCCGCCAACACCGGCCAUUACACCGCUUCACAAGCAUUACCAUCGAUUUACUUUUCGUACACUGUCCGGCCAUUGGAAACUCUUUUCUGCGAAAAGCAUCCUCAGUGAUAAGGAAGCGUCAGUAUUUAUUUUUGAGAAGAAAUUCAACGUGAAAGCACCACCGCGAAUCGGAAGGAUCAAUCGACUCACGCUGGUCGAUUUAAUCAAGUAUGAUGUGACACAACUCACAUCAUUAGCUCAUCCACGAAUAUUGCACGUACUGCAUCCACUCGAAGAGAACAAGGAGAUGCUGACAUUCGCUACAGAACGCAUUCAUGCAAAUCUUGAAACAAUUGUAGCUGAUAAAGGAAUGGACAACCUGGAAAUGAGGCUUGGCAUCCUUCAAAUAAUCGACGGUCUAUCUUACCUUCACAACAGUGUAAAGGUUUUACAUGGUAAUCUCACACCGAGUUCUAUAUAUGUGACCGCAUCUCGCCUGUGGAAGAUCGCAGGAUUCGCAUUUUCUGUAUCUGCUAAAGAACCGUUACCUGCGCAUCUGCAACCGGAGUUGGAUUUUCUGGCACCUGAAUACUUGGCACCUAAUCAGCACACCGUUACGCCAGCCGCUGAUGUAUUCUCACUGGGUGUUCUGAUCUGCUGGAUAUGCACAGGCGGUAAAAAGCUAAUCGACGCGAGAAAUAACAUCGAAACACAUGCGAUCGUUUGUGGUCAGCUGGAUACGGCCUUACAGUGUAUUGCUGAAGAGCUUGGUGCAAACUUGUUGGAUGCGAUGCAGAAAGUGCUCAGUCUCGUCGUUGAACAACGGCCAAAUGUUCAGUUACUCGCACUGCUGAAGUAUUUUGACGACCCAAUAUUAUCAACAUUACGACAACUUGAUGAUAUAGCGCAAGAAUUCGACCCAGCUCAUAAAAGUCUGUUCUUGUCUCAGACACUCUUCAACAAUUUGCCUCGCAUACCGGAGAAUCUAUGGUUCACACGUAUUCUGCAACGCUUUAAUGAACAUUUGUUGGACUCUCAUGAAUUGUAUUCCGCUUUGUCGAAGCCAUUAUUCUAUAUGUUGGAUCAUUGUGAAAGCCACAAUAUUCAUAAAUUACGUCCAUGGAUGCGACGGAUUGUCGACCAUGCGCAACAAAAAACGCUAAUGCCUUUAAUAUUGGAAAACAUGGCACUUCUGUUCAAAAGAUUAGCUGACGAUAAAAUCGAAGAUCAGUUGCAAGAUCUCAUAAUCACAUGCAUCAAGUCGGACGAUAUUCAUACUCAGGGACAAGCUGUCCAAGGCAUUCCAGCCGUAGCCGAAUUCUUACCGAAUUGGUUCAUUGCUCGACGUCUUCUUCCCGCUUUCGAAGCAAUGAACAAAUUUGUUCAUAAUAAUAUAUCACGUCAACUUGACGUCUUGGCGUGUAUUGCUGCAUUAUCGGACCGGUGUGACUGGAACAUGCUGCAAUUACUGAUCUCAACAAUAUCGCUUUGUGAUAUGCAACAUCAUGCUAUCAUUCAUGCAAAGUCCCGUUUAGUGCAACGGAUUUUGACGUGCGAUGCGUCACGAUUGCGUGAUCGUUCAGUGAUAUGUAAUCAUUUGUUGAAUCCGCUCACAUUGGGAUUAGCGUUAAAUGAUUUGAGUAUUGCCCACUUCGAUGAUGUUCUGAGUACGAUUCGAAUCCUCAUUGAUAUUGUUGAGCAGUUGCGCUAUGAAAGCAAUGAACAACAGCAGGAACAUAGUUGUGCACUUGGGCGUAUGGGAAGUCGUCGAGUGAGUAUGAGCAGCAGUCACCUGCCACGGGUGAUGAUCACGGCAGCGCGUCCAUCUUUUUCCGGAUAUGACUCCAGAAAAAUGUCAUUUCUGUCAGCAGAUGGUCGACUUGAGGAUCGUGGUCGUCGUGAAUCAAAGGACAGUCAUGGCUCACUUGAAUCAGAUAUCUCUUCUCGGAUGGGUAAUGGCAGUGAUAUUUCGGACGAACAGAAUGCGUCAUCGUCUGGAAGAGAGGGACGGCGAAAGUCAUGGUUAGAAGGUUACCUGCAAAGCUGUUCUUUGGAACAGAACAGUUCACAGCUGGAUGCAACUACCGUACUCGAUAGUUCGCAACGAGUCGCCACAGACAGGCGGAGUGAGCGUCGUGCACGGACGCGCUCACCGGCUGGUGAUAGCAACGAGAAGCGUUCUCAACCCACAAGGCCCAACAGCUUCACCAAUCUCGGACAUAAUCUUGUUCGUUUUACAUCUUCUUUCCCAGCAUAG